AUGAUUUACAUCUAUUUUUAAGAACUCAUCUUUAAUAUCAUUAACACAUUCAUAGAUAUAAAUAUUAUUUCAAAAUUGUAUUUGUAAUUAAAAUUCGAAAGAAAUGUUAUUUCGAUUCUUGGAAUCAGAAUAAUAUAAUAAUAUAAUAAUUUAAUUAUUCUCUUUUUUAAAUUGAGAUUUUAAUGGAUAUUAUAUCACAUAAUUAAAUCAUAAAUAGCUAAAAAUUAAUUUUUAUUUAAAUCUUCAAGAGUAUAAAUGAAGAAAAAUAUAAAAAAAUUUAGAACCUAUUAGAAGAUUUCUGAUGAAUAGAAAAAAAAACUAUUAAGGUUAGUUUGCUUUUCAGGAUUUAAAAUAAAAAAUGUAAUUUUUUUAAAGUAAUAAGUUUUUUUAGGCAGCAAAGCAAUUGAAUAUUAAAUAUGCAGCAGCCAAAACAUAUAUAAUUUUCUACAGGAACAAUGUUAUGAGGUCUAAACUUUCGAUCAAUUCUGAAUAAUAAUGUUAGGUAGCCCCACUAUCAUUAAAAAAGUGUAGAUUGACUAUUGUAUCGAAAAUAGGAGGAGAUGUAGUUUAACAACUUUAAUUUGAAUACCCCACAAUCAUUUAAGAAUGA